AAAAGAAACUCGAGCACGCGCCGGAGCAAAUCGAAACGCAGCGCAGUUCCGCGAAACAGGGUGCGCACUGGGCAGACGCGGCCCCUGCCGCAUGCGGCGCUGAAGUUCAAAGCCAUUCUUGGAAUUAGAUUCCUAGAACUUCCGUCAACCCGCAACACUGAAUUUACAAGAGGUGGUUUUCUCACCGUCUUUCCUUAGAAUCGAAUAAGAACAGUGUCUGGUGAGCGGAUUACUCCGCUGGACUUCACCCUCUAUUUUUUCGGAGGUUGAAACUGACACGUUUGAGAUUUUAUAGUUAUAACCAAAAUAAAAUUAGGAUUAUUUUAAAUUUUGAAAAAAAUCUGAAAAGUCUAUUUAGUUAUUGAGAAAAACUUUUGUUUUUCGGAUUAUUGGCGCCAUGACAACGUCAACUCAGUGACUGUUCCUACAAUAUAUAAUAAUCACUGGCUUUAUUGGAUAAUUGUAUAAGCAUACACGCCAAAAUGUUUAAACUGGAUUCAUGUUCAUUAUGAUUUAUUGUGUUCAAAGGGCUCUGUUGCGAGGGCCACCUUCAGAUAUGAUUGCCAGGAUGAUGAGCAGCAUGCAGCAGAAUGAUGGCGAGAGAGGAGAUUUGUGUUGUCAGAACCCGACUGUCCCUCUCUGUGGCCCUACAGAGGACCUCUGCUGCAUCACCACCACCUUCCAGAACCUACAGAACUCAGGUUGGUACUGGGGGUCCAUUUCAGCCAGAGAGGCUCGAGACGCUCUCCUGAAGGUGUCAGUGGGAACCUUCCUGGUACGCGACAGCAGCCACCCUCUCUACAUGCUGACUCUGUCAGUGAAGACGGCCUGUGGCCCCACCAACGUACGCAUAGAGUACAGUGGGGGUCGCUUCCGGCUGGAUUCCAGCUCCCCAGGCCCCCCUCACUUGCUGUCCUUCCCUGAUGUCUGCAGCCUGGUUCAACACUACGUUGGCUCAGGCCAGACACAACAGGGCAAGAGAGUGGAGUCAGAGGGCCCUUCAAAACCUAAUGCCAAACCCAGCCCUUCCCAGCCCUCAGCGAAGGACAAUGCAGUACUGCUCAAGCUGAUGCGUCCCCUGCCACAGGCCUUCCCCUCUCUCCAGCAUCUCACACGCCUCACCAUCAACUGCCAAAUCGACUGCAUUGACCAGCUGCCCCUGCCACGCCCACUGGUGCACUACCUGCAGGACUACCCUUUCCAGGUAUGAGGGUCCUCUGGCAGCCAUCCCUACCCAAAGAAGGGCACACAGCAGGCCCAGGGACCUCCCAGUGAGGGUUAAAGGUUAGGACCUUAUGCUUAUAGGGUCAAAGAUAGCCUCUGACUCAGCUCAGCUGAACAGUGGAGCAUGGAAACAAAGUGCAGUGUUGCCUUUGGAAGAGUAGGACUUUAAAGUCUCACUGGGACUUGGGCUGCUCGUACAGACAUCCAUGAACCGGACACCAUUUAUACUGUUUACUUUAAUAUUAAUAUAAUUACAUUAUAUGGAUUUUGUGUCUAUUGUUUCAAAUAAAUCUCUUUUAUAGUAAAAAAAAUAAUGGUCUUUUGUCUGACCCAUAAUCUAUUGUAAACCAUCACUAACAGACUAUUACAGAGUAGCAGUAGCCAGGAAAAAAGAGAAAUUUCUUCAGCAGGAAUGAACAGGAAUUUUAGGUAUAAUAAUAAAACCGUUCUUACACUUUGCUGCUGUACUCCCUGUCAUCUUUCACAGAUGAAAGGAUGCUGGAGAAAAAAACAGUGAUCUUGAUCUUGUACAAUUUUAAUUAUUUAUCAAAAAUCUGUGUUUUGUGUAAACAGGUUUCGUAAACAGUCACAUGGGAAAAUUAUUAGCAUUAAGCCUAUUGCUGGGAGCAUUUCCAUGGAACAUUACGCCGGAGUUGGUUUCCAAGAGGGGAAUUUGACUAGUGCUAAGAAAGCCUCUUAUCAGGAUUAGAGCCAGAGCAAUGGUCAUUAAUACACGAACAGAGGACAGUGUACACACACACACACACACACACACACACACACACACACACACACACUGUGACGUAGAAGUCCGUCACUGGCCGCGGGCAGCAUUUGGUUCUUUAACGCACACACAUAUUCAUCACUCCUCCCUGCGCCAUUAUAAGAUAAGUUAACAAUGUGGGUCGACACACAAAUUAACUUCUGUCUUGGUGCAUGCAUUUCACACUUGUCAAUGUUCAUAUUUGAGAGAUACAAUAAUUAUUAUACUUAUCAAUGUUGUGGAUGAGCGCAUUGUUUGUUCUGUUCCUCUCUCUCCAUCUCUGUAGCUUCCGGGUAUGCUGGAAAAGGACCCGAGCUAAGGGAAUUGGGUUGGCUUUAUAGUGCCUGUCCCAAAUGGCUCAUUAAUGCAUAUGGGCAUAUUGAAAGAUAUUGUCAGUAGUGAUGUAAUGUUGUAAAUGUUAUGUUGUGAUAUUGUUUAAAACCGUGUUGCAAUGUAUAUCCUUUAGUAUGUUUAGUUCAUGGAAAAUGUAGGUUUGUAUUGUUAAUUGAUUAAUUAAUUAGGGUUAAUUGUUCUGAGAGGAGGGGCUAGCCCUACAAAAGGAGCCUCUCUUUCAGUCAUGAAGAGGUAGUUUGGAUUGAGCUGUGGAUGGGGCAGCAUUGUUUUUUAAGCUGUCCCAUAAGGUAGACGUUGAUGGCAGUACUGUUGUUUUUUGUUCCGGAAUCACUUGUAAAUAAACACCUUUGCACAGAAUAA